CGACACAGAUGAACUAUCUUGGGUUAGUUAUUGUUCUAGCAAAAUCGUUUAUUUCUAGCCGCAACGCUCAACGUUUCUCACAGGUCAAAUAGUCAACUAAACGUCAACAGGAAGCAGGAAAGGAGACUCGACAUUGUUGUUGAUUUGUUCUAGCUAUCAUCAGCGAACUGGAGAUCAAUCGCUUGUGCAGAGGAGGGUACAGAUAAUUUAGCAAGCAAAAGUCAUUCACAAGUUACAACAUGGCCAUGACGGCGGUGCGGUCAGGGGGAGCGGGAGGACCAGCCUCUUUGUCUCGGUUCCGCGGUGCACUGGUUGCUGCGGUGCUGGGAGACUGCGUUGGUGGAGAAUUUGAAGGUGCAGAGGAGGUGCCCAUGGACCGCGUAUUGCAGCAUUUGAACGGAUUGGAGGAUGAGAGUCGCGGCGAUGGUAUUCUGCAGUACAGUGAUGACACUGCCAUGACGCGCUGUGUUGUCCAGUCUCUGCUGACCAGGGCAGGGUUUGAUGAACAAGACAUGGCACGCAGGUUUGCAAAGGAAUACAGCCAUUCUCCAGGGCGGGGGUACGGGGCAGGUGUGAUCCAGGUGUUGAGGAAGCUUGCAUCUCCACACCUUAAUGAUGUCUUUCAGCCGGCUCGGGCUCAGUUCAGUGGCCGCGGCUCCUUUGGGAAUGGUGGUGCGAUGAGGGCUGCACCUUUCGCACUGGCUUUCAGUAACCCAGUUGACAUUAGGAGGUACUCCAGGCUUGGUGCGAUGUUGACCCACUCCUGUUCUCUGGGUUACAAUGGAGCAGUGCUCCAGGCCCUCGCGGUCCACCUGUCUUUACAGGGGGGUUUGGAACUGCCACACAGGCCUACGUUUAUCAACAAACUCAUCUCAGAGAUGGAGGAGGUGGAAGGAGAAGAUGCUGCUCGCAGUGACUCAAGAGUCUUCAGCGAGUCAGAGUUCCCAUUCUGUGAUCGUCUGCACAGAGUCAAGGACCUGAUGGAAAGGAACAACAGUGUCAGCAUUGAAGAGGUCAUAUCUGAGUUAGGCAAUGGCAUUGCAGCCCUGCAUUCUGUCCCCACUGCCAUCUUCUGUGUGCUGCACUGCCUGGAACCCCGGGAGGGUCUGCCCGAGCGCUACAGUGGCCUGGAGAGGACAAUGGCGUACAGUCUGGCCUUGGGGGGCGACACAGACACCAUUGCCUGCAUGGCGGGGGCCAUUGCAGGGGCACACUAUGGAAUCGAUGCUAUCCCCCAAAUCUGGCAGCGUUGUUGUGAAGGGGCAGAGGAUGCUGAUAUAAAUGCUGAGCGCCUACACACUCUGUACCACCAGGCACCGGCUGAGGGAGACUCUGGGACCGACAGUCAGCCACACACAGCAGCACAUGAUCCCACAACCACUAAAUGACUUUGACAGAGAUAAACAUACAUUGAUAGCUAUUUCAUAUGUCAUCUUAUUCCGUGGUCCUCCUUCUGUCAUCUGUUCAACAAAUUAGUUUGUCAUGAAAACCCCCAUUAUGGAUUUAACAUGAGUUACUGUAUGCCAUUUUUUUGAUGGAGAAAAGUAUUUAAUAAACAGUUUUUAAUGUCAGAA